GCCAUGUCCCGCCGGCUCCGUCCCAUGAAGUGAGUGGGACUCAUGGAAUCCAUGAGUCGGACCGAGCAGGCGGGCAGAGAUCCAGUCAGUCGCUCGAGUCCGUGCGGCCAGUGCGUGCGUCAGCCUUGGUGGCACUCCGUGGUACCGUCGCCCACGAGGAAUAAAGAACAGGAGCAGCGCGGUACCAUCAGCGCGGGGACAGAAGGAUGAGUCCAAAAUAUCCGAAUUGUUGAAUACAAGUCAAAUGUAGUGAUAUAUAUAAAAUAAGGUUAAAAUACAGUUAAUGCGUCGGCGUAGUACUUUAGUAAUUCAAAUUCUGCUUCUCUUGAUGAAAUACCAGUGUGUAGUGAGGCGUGGCGCAAUGACGUUCCUAAUUUUAUUCUAAUUUAUGUGUCAAGCAGCUACACCCAUGUGCGCAUGUGGACAGGAAUUUACGUCUUGAAAUUCCACUGUGCGCAUGCGGACAGGAAAUGACGUCAUAAAACUGAGCCCUGGAAGCAAACCGGGAUGAAGAAGCAAAUAGGGCAGUGACAUGGCGCCUCCUGCUGUUGGGCGACUGAGACGUGAGUCACUUCCGGGGUGUGAGGGCCGCUUCUAACGCUCCGAUGACGUCACGCUCGGUGUCGUGUCCUCUCGAGCGGGCGCUCCUUGAAGAGCUGGUUCUUCUUCCCGGAACCAGCGAGUGACACCUGCAGACCUGCUCACCUCAGCUUCACGGAGACGGCCUCAGCAGGAAGUGGCCGCUUCACAGACCUUUAUUUUGAAGGUCUGCUGAGCGGACGUGAACGACAAUAACAACAACAACAGGCAGACGCGGAAGUUCCAGCGGGCGACGUUUCUUCGAUGGAGCCGGCGGCGCGCGCGUGUCUGCGGCUGCUCCGGCUGUGAGCCUCGCGCUCUGGAUCGAUGAGCCGGUCCACACCCGAGCACUUCAAAUCGAAGGAAACGCCAUGACCUCAGUUCCUGUCUCCGUCUGCCUGGUGCUCCUGCUGCGCUCUGCGCUCGCCUCACUUCCUGCUCCAGUUAACGUCUCGUUGAGCUCCUACAACUUCCGGCACGUCCUGCGAUGGGACCCUGGACCCGGCUCGCCGCCCGGGACCACCUACCAGAUAGACAGGCGUGCCAACGGGAAGCAUCAGGACUUGGUGUCCUCCUCCUCCACGUCCUGCAGGCUGAGGCUGGACAAGUUCAUGAGACAUGACCUGCGGGUGCGAGCGAGCCACGGUGGGAACCACUCCCUGUGGUCCUCAGCACCCGCCUUCACCCCCUAUGAGGACACUGUCCUGGGCCCGCCCUCGCUGACGCUGGCCAGAGUCAACAACCACAUUCAUGUCAACAUCUCGCUUCCUGACACCGAGGGCCGCGGCGACAUCCUGGCCUACGGCCCCGACUACAUCGUGGUGUGGAGAACAGGCAGCAGGACGCAGGAGACAUGGACGACCAAAGAGCAGAGCGUCACCCUGUGGGCGCCGGAGCAGGGCCCGCACUGCGUCCAGGUCAGGCUGCAGACGGAGAUCAACCACAACACGCCCUGGUCGCCCUGGUCCUGCAUCAGCAGUGGAGCAGCGGGGCGCAGCAGAGUUCCGACUGUGCUCCUCGUGCUUGGUCCUGUCCUGCUCCUCAUCGUCUUCCUGACCCUGCUGACCUGUGGCCUUCACUACGUUGGACUUCUGUGUAGCCCGGUUCCUCUGCUGGACAUGCUGAAGGAGCUGGAGCCGGCCCAGAUCCACAAGACCAUCCUGAAGCCAGACUGGACCCCGGUGGAGAUCCCCAUCUGUCAUCUGGUCCCGGGCGAUGAGGACCACGGAGGAUGGUCCAACAUCUACAUCGACCGACGCGCAGCGACCUGCUCGGUCGCCGCGCCGUCCGGCAGGUUAACGGAGGACUCGGCGCAGGACUCGGCAGGCGGCGGGGGGACUGAGGGUUCUGGACUUGAGAACCAGGUGGGCCCAGAAGGAGGGACGGCGUCUGCCGGCGGGAUGGACGCCGAGCGCUUCUCCAGUGACGAGGAGGACGAAGUCCAGUCCGAGGAGGACUGUGUGGACCUCUUCUCCGUCACCGUCGCUGCCCUGACCCACGCCCAAACCCACCUGUCACAUGACCCCAGCUCCACGCCGACACGGGCGGAGUCUGACGGAGCGAGUGAUGGAUACGAGUGUCGGGGAUCCCGCUGGAGCCACGACUCUGAAGAGCAGACGCUCAGCUCCUCUGGCUACAUGUGGCGGAGCUCAGUGAACGCGGGGUGUCCCCGGAUCAACUUGGAGACUGGAGAGUUCAAGCGAAGACUCGGGACCUUUCCCCGCCCCGGUCAUCGACCUGGACCUGAACCCGGCGUGUGGUCGCACGUCAUGACGCCUGUGGUCUGGGCGGUGCUGUGGCUCGCGCGGGACCUGACAGAGGCCGUGGCUCUCCGACCGCCAGCGCGCUUGAACCUGACCUCCGAUCACUUUGUCCACACGCUGACGUGGGAGCCCGGCGCCGACGCCCCCGAGGGUGUCUUCUACCAGGUGUCGGUGGUGGACGAGAGAGGGACGUCCUGGGCGCCGGUGGUGGGAUGCCAGCACCUGCUCCAGCUCCACUUCUGCAACCUGACGGAGGCUUUUCCCGACAACAGUGCCAGCUACUUUGUCCGCGUGUCCGCACGGCUGCCGCCGCUGGAGGCCUUCACCGACCACAGCGAAGGGUUCAGCCCGCUCCGAGACACUCGGCUGGACCUCCCGCUCAUGGAGCUCUCCUCCUGUGGGAGGGACCUGUGUGUGGACCUGCGGCCCUCCCGCCAGCACCUGCGCCACGUCUACGACUCCCUGUUCUACCGGCUGAGGACGGAGGAGAGCGGCGGCCAGCUCCAGUCUGAGGAAGACUUCCGCUCUCUGAGCAGGAGGACGGUGAGGAACCUGCUCCCCGGCAGGCGCUACUGUGUCUCUGUGCGCUUCUGGGACGAUCUGGUUCAACGCAAGCCCAACUUCAGCCGCCCUGAGUGCGCCUUCACGCCGGCCGGACCGGGCCAAGACUGGUGGGUGGUGCUGCUGUCGCUCCUGGUGCUGCUGCUGGUGCUUCCGGUCUCGCUGCUGCUGCUGCUGCUCUACAGUGGUGUCAUCCGAGCGAGGAGACGUCGUCUGCCUUCAGUCCUGACCUCCGUCAGAACCUUCCGGCCGGUGCGGCUGCUGCAGCAGCGCCCCGCCUCGCUCUCCAGCAUCCGAGAGGUGACGUCAGCGACCCCUGCUGGCCAGCUCCAAGGCUACCAAGCCAGAGUGAAGAGCAGCCCGCUGCCCGCUUCUCCUUCCUGCCCCCUGCCCUCGGAGCCCGCUGCCCACCCGGACCUGCUGCCUGGCUCUGAAGAGGAGAACUACGAGAUGAGACCUGGAGCCUUGACUGCAGGGGGACUGGGCUUGAGUCAUGAGGAGGAGGAGGAGGAGGAGGAAGAGGAGGAGGAGGAGGAGGGGGGCGUGCAGGAGGUGGACCUGUUCUCCUUAACCUUUGGAAGAGAGGUGGAGGAGAAGGAGGCUGAGGGGCCGGAGCAGGGCCAGGAGGGGCUUCAGGAAGAGGCUGAUGAGACGUUGGUCCUGCAGCAGGAGGAAGUGCUCUCUGCGGGUGAAGACGCUUCUCUUUACUUGAGGAGGAUGUGACUAGAUUCAAAGCCACUGGACUGUCACCUGUGGUGCUACAUCUGGAGCCGAGACCGGAGGCCGCAUGAGGGAAGAAGCACAUCCACCCAAGAACCUUCAGGACUGGACUUCCCUGCUGACAGGAGGGCUCAGCCUUCCCAGCGUGCCGGGGCACCACUGUGGCAUCUGACCACAGCUGCUCACGCUUCUGAGGAGUGAGCCUCAGAUGGAACAUUGGUGUGGUGGCUGUUGCCUCGCCAGCAACACUGGGCCAGACGGUGCCACCGGGUUUGGGUUGGGAACCGGACCUCCAACUCUGCUUUGUUGGAUUGUUUCCUCAUCUUUCAUAUCCAGGACUUCAGAUUAAAAAUGUGACGUGAAUGUGUUGGUGGUUUUGUGGUCACCU